CAUUCUACGCGGAGCUGCGGCAGCUGCUUCUGCGGCAGCUAUGAAGCUCACUGUGCUGUUCCUAGGGCUGGCAGCUCUGCUGGUGGCAGCCUCAGCUGAGCCGCUAGCUAUCUCCUCAUCCGAGUCACUCAGCGCCAGCAUGGAGAGGAUGGUCGUGAGAGAUGGAGAAGGUGGAAUAAGUACCUCUGCAGAAACAGCUGACGACGACGACGAAGAUGAUGACGACAGCGGCGAGGCAGCCACGUCCACCGGCUCUGCGGCAGCCGAGGACCUAACCGAGGCCGAGUCUCCUUCAGAAGCUGGCACUACCAUCGACACAGAAGAUGGAAGCGCUGAAAUGGAGUCCAAACGUCCUCGCCGCCGUAGGAAGGGCGGCCGGGUCGGCUGCGCUGCCCAGGACGGCGGCAGGCGCAGGAGGAGGAAGCGCCCGGCUCAGGCGGAACCUGAAGAAGGCGAGGAGGACACCGUGGUGGCGGCCCCCGAGGGAGACGAGCCGACUGCGACUGCCCUUUAGUGUUGAUUAGGCUGUUCGAGCCGAACCGAGAUUCUGCUUGGUCCAAGGUUGCAUUUUGGUGCACUUUCCUGGACUGGCAGGACUCUCAUCCGUCGAUGAAUUCACUCUUUAUGCCGAAACAGGACAAUGACUUUGAUCGACAACUGACUUUGACUUCGGGCCGUCUGUGUCUGUUUGUGUCGUAGUCAGUGCAACUGCACCAGCAAAUACCACUGGGCGUUCAAAUAAAUUCAGACACCUGUGAGCACGGGUUUUUCCUCACAUUCGGCUGUGACACCGCACACCAUAAUAAUCCAUUGUGCAGUUAUUGCGAAUCGUGCAAUGCAAAAUAUAAAUUGAUAUGCUUAUCAAUGGUAACCGUGUUUGUUUUAUGAGGAGAUGCACAAUAAAGACCAUGCAAACACUAAA